AGUGUGGCCAGACUCCGAGUCCGCAGCUGUGGUCGAGUUACUCCUGGCUCCUGUCCCGCAGAUCAGAUGAGUAAAUCUGACCAGAUCUGAGCUCAUAUAACCGCUUUCAGCAGGUGCAGAGCCAUGCGCAGCGGUGCGUGGAGCGCCCGGACUCUGUCCCCUGUCCUCCUGCCCCGCUGGUUCUGUGAUGCCGGAGUCCGACCCGCUGGUCAGAGAUCGGGCCGGUUCUUCAGCUCGGAUCCUCCCGCUACUCUUCCUGCGCACGCGCGUGUCAUCAUCUGUGGAGGCGGAGUCGUGGGAACAUCAGUGGCCUAUCACCUGUCCCGACUGGGCUGGAGGGAGAUCGUGCUCCUGGAGCAGGGCAGACUCGGAGCCGGUACGACGCGCUUCUGUGCAGGAAUAGUCAGCGUUGCCAAACCUCUUUCUAUUGAGAGUAAAAUGGCAGAUUAUUCGAACACUCUCUAUGAGCGUUUGGAGGAAGAGACGGGCGUUAAAACAGGUUUCGUUCGGACCGGCUCUCUGUGUUUGGCUCAGAAUCAGGAUCGGUUCCUGUCGUUGAAGCGUCUGGCGUCCAGGCUGAAGGUUCUAGGCGUGAGCUGUGAUGUCAUCAAGCCCAAAGAUGUGUCUGGGCUCCACCCGCUGGUGAAUAUCCAUGAUCUGGUGGGAGCUCUUCAUCUGCCCGGGGACAGUGUGGUCUCUCCGCCGGAUGUUAAUCACGCGCUCGCGGUGGCGGCGGCGGCUCACGGCGUGCAGAUUUACGAACACACCAGUGUGAACCAGGUCCUGGUGAAGGACGGGCACGUGACGGCGGUGGAGACGGACCGCGGAGCCAUCCAGUGCGAGUACUUCGUCAACUGUGCCGGACAGUGGGCGUAUGAGCUGGGUCAGAGCAGCGAAGUCAAAGUGUCUGUUCCUCUACACGGCUGUGAACACUUCUACCUGCUCACUAAACCCCUGCCCGAGCCCACACAAGCCGACAGCCCAGUGGUGAUGGACUUCGACGGCAGGAUCUACGCUCGCUCCUGGAACGGGGGAAUCCUGUCCGGAGGCUUUGAGAAGAACCCGAAGCCCAUCUUCACCGAGGGCCGGAACCAGCUGGAGAUCCAGAACAUGCAGGAGGACUGGGACCACUUCGAGCCCAUGUUGAGCGCUCUGCUGCGCCGGAUGCCUGGGCUCGAGGCCUGUGAGAUCCAACAGCUGGUCAACUGCCCAGAAUCCUUCACUCCGGACAUGCGCUGCCUGAUGGGAGAAACGCCGGGAAUCUAUGGAUACUUCGUGUUGGCGGGCAUGAACUCGUCCGGCCUCUCGUUCGCUGGCGGCGCGGGGAAAUAUCUGGCGGAGUGGAUGACGUACGGCUAUCCCAGUGCUAACGUGUGGCCGCUGGACAUCAAGCGCUUCGGGAGCCUGCAGAGCAGCCGCACGUUCCUGCGCCAUCGGGUGAUGGAGGUCAUGCCGCUCCUGUACGGACUGAAGGUUCCCCGCUGGGACUUCCAGACGGGCCGGCAGCUGCGCACGAGUCCGCUGUACGACCGGCUCGACACACAGGGCGCGCGCUGGAUGGAGAAGCACGGCUUCGAGAGAGCCAAGUACUUCGUUCCCGCCGGGAAGGAUUUACUGGCGCUGGAUCAGAGUAAGACCUUCUACAAGCCCGACUGGUUUGAUAUCGUGGGAGCGGAGGUGAAGUGCUGCAAGGAGGCGGUGUGUGUCAUCGACAUGUCCUCCUUCACCAAGUUUGAGCUCACGUCUGCGGGCGACCAGGCCCUAGUCCUGCUCCAGCGUCUGUGUGCGAAUGACCUGGACGUGCCGGUCGGACACAUCGUGCACACGGGGAUGCUGAACGAGAGAGGCGGCUACGAGAACGACUGCAGCGUGGUGCGCAUCAGCAAAAACAGUUUCUUCAUCAUUUCGCCCACGGAUCAGCAAGUUCACUGCUGGUCUUGGAUUAAGAAGCACAUGCCCAACGACCCGCAGCUCCACCUGGAGGACGUCAGCUGGAAGUACACCGCUCUGAAUCUGAUUGGCCCGCGAGCCAUGGACGUGUUGUCGGAGCUGUCGUACGUGUCCAUGACCCCGGAGCACUUCCCCUCGCUCUUCUGUAAGGAGAUGAGUGUGGGAUACGCCAACGGCAUCAGGGUCAUGAGCAUGACACACACCGGAGAGCCCGGCUUCAUGCUGUACAUUCCCAUAGAGUAUGCACUGCACGUGUAUAACGAGGUGAUGUCAGUGGGGCAGAAGUAUGGGAUCCGUAACGCGGGCUACUACGCUUUACGCAGUCUGCGCAUCGAGAAGUUCUUCGCCUUCUGGGGUCAGGACCUGGACUCCUUCACCACACCGCUCGAGUGCGGCCGCGAGUUCAGGGUCAAGUUUGAUAAGGACACCGGGUUCCUGGGCCGGGACGCUCUGCUCCAGCAGCGGGUGGAGGGCGUGAGGCGGCGGCUGGUGAUGCUGGUUCUGGAGGAGCACGACCGGGAUCUGGAUGUGUGGCCCUGGUGGGGUGAGCCGGUGUACCGGAGCGGGGAGCUCGUGGGCGGCACCACCAGCAGCGCCUACAGCUACAGCCUGGAGCGGCACGUGUGUCUGGGCUUCCUGAGCGCCAAGAACCCCGACGGCUCCCCGGCCCCCGUCACCCCCGACUUCAUCAACCGCGGAGACUACGAGGUGGACAUCGCAGGCCAGAAGUUCCCCGCUAAAGCCAAGCUCUACCCCUUCAGCUCGCUCUUCACACAGCAGAAGCGGCGCAGGGAGGAGAUGGAGCUCAGCAACUUCCAGAGCAAGUAGACAUGAGUGUGUGUGUGUGUGUGUGUGUGUGUGUGUGUGUGUGUGUGUGUGUGUGUGUGUGUGUGUGUGUGAGAGAGAGAGAGUCUGAGGAGCUCAGCAACUUCCAGAGCAAGUAGACAUGAGUGUGUGUGUCUGUGUGUGUGUAAAUGUUGUUUUUCCAACAGUUGAUGGAUUUGAUUGAUGAAUUUCUAAACCUUUAUUAAUGUGCAUCAAAGUUGCUGGUUUCGACAGCUAAAGUGGCAUUUGUUUGGCAUUAGAGUUAUCUGAAAGCAAAAUUCAAAAGCUAAACUCUAUUGAAUCGUCUGUUCCUGUGAAUUGUCCAGUUAUUUCUUCUUGAGUGAUUGGCCUGUUCUGAGGUUUGUCACAUGGUUUACAAUAAAGGGGGUUUGCAUGGAUAUCAGACCCACGAGACAAUCAACGUCCAUUUGAAGCAUUGGUUUUUAAUUGGUGAGAACUGGAGAAGUAUUUCCUCGUGUGUCUUUGUGCCACAAUAUUUUGUAAUAAAAAUACCAGACUAAAUGAGGCUCUGAGAUCAUGUGAAUGAUUUGUGACGUUGAUGAAAAAUGACUGGUAGGCUGAAAAGAGUCUCGAUGCUUUUAUAAAGUGCAGCGUUUGACCGUGUGAAGGGUGAGGCACAGGCUGAGUGUGUGUGUGUGUGUGUGUGUGUGUGUGAGUGUGAGUGUGAGUGUGUAUGUGUUUGUGUGGGAAUAAACUGCUCUGUCGUGGAAGAUCCUGAAGAGAUGGAUUUGCACCUUACGCUUUGCUUGUACCUGUUGUGUUUUUAAAUGUUAGAUGAAGACAUCAGGACUAAACGGACUAUUAUACACUAUAAAGAAUAUCCUUCUGGACAUCUUGCCUUUGUAUUUAUAUUGUACAAAUGUUUCAUUGAU